GGCCCAGCGCGUCGUCGACGGGGCGCGUAUCGCGGCCGGUGGUGUCAGUGGUCGGUUGGCAUCCGCUUGCUGGGCUCUUCGCCUUCCGCCCCGACGAAGCGUCCGUGGCCGGGCUUCCGCAGUCAUGUUGCGGUCGGUGGGACUCGCGCGGCCCCUCUGAGUCCCAGAACCGCGGCGAGCGCGGCGGGCUCGGGUCACCAUGCCUACCCCAGCCCACAGGAUCACAAAGCAGGAAGAUGGACUAGAGAACAGUCUGGCAACAUGAAGGACUAUGUCCAGGUGCCUGCAGCCGAGCUGGAGAAACCUUAUGACUUUACUUCAGCAGGGGACUCAUCCACAUGUCUUUACCUGAGGGUGUGCUGCUGCUGCUCUGCUCUGCGUCCUCGCUACAAACGCCUGGUGGACAACAUAUUCCCUGAAGAUCCAAAAGAUGGCCUUGUUAAAGCUGACAUGGAGAAACUGACAUUUUAUGCAGUGUCUGCGCCUGAGAAGCUCGAUCGCAUAGGUGCCUAUCUAGCAGAGAGGCUGAGCAGGGAUGUUGUCAGACACCGGUCUGGGUAUGUCCUAAUCGCUAUGGAAGCACUGGACCAGCUUCUUAUGGCCUGUCAUUCUCAAAGCAUCAAACCAUUUGUAGAAAGCUUUCUUCAUAUGGUAGCAAAGCUCCUAGAAUCAGGGGAACCAAAGCUUCAAGUUCUUGGGACAAAUUCUUUUGUCAAAUUUGCAAAUAUUGAAGAAGAUACACCGUCCUAUCAUAGACGUUAUGACUUCUUUGUAUCUCGAUUCAGUGCCAUGUGUCAUUCCUGUCAUAGUGAUCCAGAAAUACGAACUGAGAUUCGCAUUGCUGGAAUAAGAGGUAUUCAAGGUGUGGUUCGCAAAACAGUUAAUGAUGAACUUCGGGCCACCAUUUGGGAACCACAGCAUAUGGACAAGAUCGUCCCAUCUCUUCUGUUUAACAUGCAGAAGAUAGAGGAGGUUGACAGUCGCCUAGGCCCACCUUCUUCCCCCUCUGCAGCUGACAAAGAAGAGAACCCUGCGGUGCUGGCUGAGAGCUGUUUCAGAGAACUGCUGGGCCGAGCAACUUUUGGGAAUAUGAAUAAUGCUGUUAGGCCAGUUUUUGCGCAUUUAGAUCAUCACAAGCUAUGGGAUCCUAAUGAGUUUGCAGUUCACUGCUUUAAGAUUAUAAUGUAUUCUAUUCAGGCUCAGUAUUCUCACCAUGUGAUCCAGGAAAUUCUUGGACACCUUGAUGUUCGUAAGAAGGAUUCUCCACGGGUUAGAGCAGGUAUCAUUCAGGUUCUGUUAGAGGCUGUCGCCAUUGCUGCUAAAGGUUCUAUAGGGCCUACAGUGCUGGAAGUCUUUAACACCUUGUUGAAGCACCUGCGGCUCAGUGUGGAAUUGGAAGCCAACGACUCCCAGAGGGGGUCUGUAGGCAGCGUCACCCUAAGCUCCAAAGACAACGAUGAGAAGAUUGUACAGAACGCUGUAAUACAGACAAUAGGCUUUUUCGGAAGUAACUUACCAGAUUACCAGAGGUCAGAGAUCAUGAUGUUCAUCAUGGGGAAAGUGCCUGUUUUUGGAACAUCCACUCAUACUUUGGAUAUCAGUCAACUAGGGGAUUUGGGAACCAGGAGGAUUCAGAUAAUGUUGCUGAGGUCUUUGCUUAUGGUGACUUCUGGAUACAAAGCCAAGACAAUUGUCACUGCACUGCCUGGGUCGUUUCUGGACCCUCUGUUAUCACCAUCCCUCAUGGAAGAUUAUGAGCUGAGGCAGUUAGUCUUGGAAGUAAUGCACAACCUGAUGGAUCGCCAUGACAAUAGGGCGAAGCUCCGCGGCAUCAGAAUAAUACCAGAUGUAGCUGACUUGAAGAUAAAAAGAGAGAAAAUUUGUAGACAAGAUACAAGCUUCAUGAAAAAGAAUGGACAACAGCUAUAUAGGCACAUAUAUCUGGGCUGCAAAGAGGAAGACAAUGUUCAGAAAAACUAUGAGCUCCUUUAUACAUCUCUGGCUCUUAUAACUAUUGAACUAGCCAAUGAAGAGGUGGUUAUUGACCUCAUUCGAUUGGCCAUUGCUUUACAGGAUAGCGCAAUUAUCAAUGAAGAUAACCUGCCAAUGUUUCAUCGCUGUGGGGUCAUGGCACUCGUUGCAGCAUACCUUAACUUUGUGAGUCAGAUGAUAGCCGUCCCAGCAUUUUGCCAGCAUGUUAGCAAGGUUAUUGAAACUCGAACUAUGGAAGCCCCUUAUUUUCUACCAGAGCAUAUUUUCAGAGAUAAGUGCAUGCUUCCAAAAUCUUUAGAGAAGCAUGACAAAAGUUUAUAUUUUCUGACCAACAAGAUUGCAGAGUCCCUGGGUGGAAGUGGGUACAGUGUGGAGAGGCUGUCAGUUCCUUAUGUACCACAGGUGACAGAUGAAGAUCGUCUUUCUAGAAGAAAGAGUAUUGUGGAUACUGUAUCUAUUCAGGUGGACAUUUUGUCCAACAGUGUGCCUUCUGAUGAUGUGGUUAGCAACACUGAGGAAAUUACCUUUGAAGCACUGAAGAAAGCAAUUGAUACCAAUGGAAUGGAAGAACAGGAAAAGGAGAAGAGACGUCUUGUGAUAGAGAAGUUCCAGAAAGCACCUUUUGAAGAAAUAGCAGCACAGUGUGAAUCCAAAGCAAAUUUGCUUCAUGAUAGACUCGCUCAAAUAUUGGAGCUCACCAUACGCCCUCCUCCCAGUCCAUCCGGAACACUCACUAUUACUUCUGGGCAUGCCCAGUACCAGUCUGUCCCAGUCUAUGAGAUGAAGUUUCCAGAUCUGUGUGUAUAUUGACUGGCUCAUGAAGACUACAGCAUUUAGAAGGACCUUCAAGUCUGAAAGCAAGGCCAAGAUGAGUUUUCAGGAUUUGUAUAAUGUUUACUGACAUGUCCUGAACUGUGAUGGGAUUUAUCUCUAACCAGUACUUUCAUGCUGUAUUACAAGGUUAGGGACUCUGAUUUAGAGUACUUUUGAAGAUAGACUUAUGCCACAUUUUAAGUUGUUUUGAGGUUCCGAUUAGCUUUUAAGAUUGAACAUGUAUUGCUUUCACAUUAUGCCGUUAAAUAGUAUAUUUUAAACUUUGCACAAACAUACUUGUUAAAGAGAUUGAAAAUAUAUAAAGUGUCUGCUGCAUUUCUUGUGUCUAUGCAACUGCUUAGAAAUCAAUUGCUUUUGUUUUGUCUUCUUCAAAAGUGAAUAUAUUCCUGAUUCUAGGGUUGCAAAUUCUCUCAUGCUUCAGAUGGCCUGUGCAGACAUACCUUCAGUCCUCUAUAGUAACAUGUGGCAGGCACCCCUAGGCUGUCAGCCAUAGAAAACAUCUACUGAAUAGUAUUCCUGCCUAGGUUUCCAUGUGGAAACUGGCCAGCCUUACUGGUCUUGUGAUACUGUGUUUUCUGCUUCAAGUUGAUCCCUUGAGCCCCUUAGACCUCAUUCUUGGAGUACGAAAGAUGCAGUGUUUUUCAAAUAUGAUGUAUUAGUUUACAUGCUGCGCUUUGAAACUAUAGUUGUAUUUUGCUGUGACUCCAUUAAUUAAAUGAAAUAUAUAUUUACUAUAGAAAAGAAAGACAUUUAAAGCAGCUACCUGUUCACCUGUGCAGAGUCUAUACAUUUCAGGUUUUUUAAAAAAAUGAAUUAAUUUACAUUUUAUAUUGUUCUUUGUUUUGACUUCAUAGUAAAAAUUUUCCCCAGUGAACCUUUUAAUUUCAAAAAUUUGAAGCAAAACUUGUGUGUAUCUCUGUUGAAGGUUAGCUACAUACUUCAAAGCUGUGCAUGUGUUCCUUCCAAGGCCCGUGAGUGUGAGCUGCCUUUACUCAAGCUUGUGAGACUGCAGGGGCUGUGUGUAGUGCAUAUGCUAGGGACACCACCACACGCUGAACAUAAGAAUUCUGCAGUUGUAAGAUUCUCCUAGCACGGUUUUGUGGAAUCACUUGGUAUAACUCGACCUUUUCAAAUUCAGUUUCCUUUUACAUAAAAUAGUAUUCCUAUAAAAAAGUUAUAGCUCAAAAAUAAUGUUUUGUUUUUGUAUGAAAAGAAUAGGAUGUUUUAACUGUGUAGUUUUGGUUAUUUGGACACCAUUAGUACAAAAAGGCAGGGGAGGAAAAUGGAAAUGAGCAUAGAACAGGCAUGCCCAAAUCUGUAAUAUUUACAACAGAGGAAAACACCUUGAAGAGGAGUCCAUUGUUAAAACCUCUUGAUAGGAGAGCCUGGCCUGCUAGCUAAGUGUAG